UGUCAUCGACCAUAAAGAGCAAGGACAUCGYUUUGAACGUUACCGUUACGAGAGUUUACAAUUCAAAGAGCCAGUAAACUUCUUUUAUAAAAUCGCAAGCGUGAAUACACGAACAAUUUCCAGUUUAUAAAAGUAAAGUUUCAAUUGAAAAGUUGAAAUAAAAGAUGCCAACGCUAAUCAGUGCCAAGCGAAAAAAACUUCUUACGGAGAGAUUGCCACACUUCAAAGACGAAAUAAAUAGAGAUGUCUUCCUUCAACUCCUUGAAGCGUUAAAUUGUCUUACUUUGGAGGACAAACAAGAAAUUAACUGUGAGCUGACCAAUCGUGGAUCUAUAAAAGCUACGGUGCUUUUAGUAGAUCGUCUGAGACGAAGAGAUAAGGGGUUCGAGCAGUUCGUGGUUGCACUUCGCGAUAAAGGCCUGAAUCAUGUGGCAUUGCUUCUUGAUCCCAAUGAAUCCGUUGAUCCAAGUGAAGCAGAUGCAUCAGUGGUGAUCGAAAAUCCUGAGAAAUUCCAAACCAUUGGGACUGCUGUAGAUGUUGAGGUGAAUAUGCAGAUCAAGCUCGAUAAUGAGAGAAAGGUGGACUUUGAGAAGGCAGUGGCCAAGGAAUACGAGGAGUCUUCAAAAGAAAACUCGUGUCGAAUAAGAAAGGAGUUCAAAAAGCGAGAAAUGCCACAAGGGAUUGAAUUUGUUCGAACCAAACCUAAUGGAAAACAAAAAGCCAAAGACGAGAAGAAAGAGAAUGACUCAAACGAUGAAAAUACCAUAAAUGAAUCAGCUUCUAACGAAGACCACAACAAUGAUGAAAUAAGCUGGGACGAUUCUUGCAGAGUCUAUUUCCGUGUUACAAGUGCUGAGGUGGCGAGGAAAUUCUGGGAAAUGUACGAAAGCGAAGAGCUUGAAGCRAAACUUCGUKRUGUCUUAGUGGAAAGUACCGUGCUUCGUUUGAGCAUGCUUGAUGGAGAUGGCGAGUUGAAGUUGAGCUUGAAAAUAUUUGAGAGCAAAUAUCAAAAAGCGCUGGAAUUUCUUGAAGAUAAAGAGUCUGAGCAAGAUGUAGAAAGAUCUGGUGAGUUGCUGAGAAGAGGCCCAGGCAACGAGUCACCUGACCUGGACGAAAUAAAUAUCAAGAUUCCAGAAGUUUUGCUUGAAAGCCACACAAGCAACGAGCAGAAAAAGGACUUAGAGCUUCGUGAAUAUCAGAAAGAGCUAGCACGUCCAGCCAUCGAUGGAAGGAAUGCCAUCAUCUGUGCUCCAACUAAUAGUGGAAAGACCUUUGUAGCUAUGKCGAUAGCUAAGCACCAUCUUGAAGGGUUUUCAAAGAAAGAUGAUGGUGAAGAAUUGGCCGUUGCCACAAACASCACAAAUAAUGGAAAGCCAAAAGUAAUUUUCAUCGUCAGUACCCAGAACCUGGUGCUACAGCAGAGGAGCCGCUUUGAAGAAUACCUCACAAACUACAGCAUUUCCGACAUAUCGGGCAGUAACUCCACAGAAAUCCCCCUUGAUUUCCUCCUCAAAACCCAUGACGUCAUUGUAUUGACUGCUCAGAUACUGUUGAAUGCCCUGCAGAAAGGCUCAGUCAAGAUWUCCCAGAUWACUUUGCUGGUGUUUGACGAGUGUCAUCACACAAACAAGGAUCAUAAUUACAACAAGAUCAUGCAAAACUAUAUGGCGUUAAAGUAUCAGAGCGAUCCGAACAUAAAGCUACCACAGAUCAUUGGUCUGACUGCAUCUCUUGGAGCAGGGARAUCAAACGAGACUGAAAAGGCCAAAAACCACAUCUUACAGAUAUGUGCCAACAUGAACGCAUCAUGCAUCAGCACCGUGCGAGARAAUCUGGACGAACUGGAGAAGAACGUAACCGGAGGUGUGCCAAGACGCAAACUGGAAAAGGUUGACCAGCAACCCAACGUUUUUGAAAAAGUCAUUGUUCAGGUGAUGGAAAAGAUUGAAAUCGCUGCACAAACGGUGUCCCCGACAUCAAGUAUACCGCCUGCUGACAGAGUUGGUCAGCAGUAUCGCCAAUGGGUGGAAGGCCUUGAAAAAGAAGCGAUAAGCAAGGCAUUACGUGAUCUGUCUACGUAUGCAAAACAUCUUAGAAGAUACCAUAUAGCUCUACUAAUCAACGACACAGUCCGUACGAAAGACGCCAUUCAUUAUCUUCAAGAAUUCUUYGACAACCUUGACCAAGACAAGUUCCUAUCAUCGGACAAAAAGCUACAGGAACUGUUCGAGAAAGCUACAAAUGGCAUCAAAUCCCGCAUAGAAAAAACUGAACCAAAGAAUCCAAAACUGGAAAAGUUGAAAGAGUUGAUCUUGAAUUUUCACGAAGAAGACAAAGUCAAAGAUCGAAARGGCGAGACUAAAGGUAUCUUGUUCACAAAGACCAGAGAUUCCACGAAAGGUUUGAUGGGAUGGAUACAAGAAACAGACGAACUCAAGUCAAUUUUGAGACCUAAAGUUUUAGUCGGUGCUGGAGAUGGAGAAGUCGGCAUGACUCAAGGCGAGCAAGAAGCCAUCAUUGAAGAGUUCAAAAAGGGAGAAGUCAACAUUCUUAUCGCAACAACUGUAGCAGAGGAGGGACUAGACAUCGGAGAUUGCAACUUUGUGAUAAGGUACAACAUGGCGGGAAACGAGAUAUCAAGUGUUCAGUCACGUGGUAGGAUCAGAGCUGACGAAGGUAAUUACGUGUACGUUGGAGACAGUAGGACAAAGGGAGUUAACCGAGAAAGGCUUAAUCAAUACCGAGAGAUCUUGAUGACGAUGGCUGUGGAGCAAAUACAGCAGAUUCCACCUGAUGAAUACAUGUCAAAGAUUAAAGAAAUACAACAAAGGGACCUCAGAAAAUUUCAAAUGAAGAACUUCUUAACUCAGUCCAAGAAGAUCAAAUGCAAACAAGCGAUCGAUAAUGUCGUUUUCUUCUGUCGACGAUGUAACAAAAAAGCAUGUCAUCUGAAUGAGUUCAGAAGAAUGAAAGACAACUACUACGUGAUWCUGGAAAAGGAAUUCAAACACAGAAUCAAUAUCAAGCCAAAGAAGAAGUCCAAGAAGAUUGACGACGUCUUGAUGGAUUCUCAGGUCCAUUGUAAAGAGUGCGAUGAAGACUGGGGUGUGACAGUCAAAAUAGAUGGUCUUACAUGGCCCUGCUUGAAGAUAAGAAGCUUUGCUGUACAGCUUCCUGAUAAGAAGCGCACAACAUACAAGAAAUGGAGUGAUUUCCAUUACGAGAUCCCGGAGGCCACGAUUGCGGAGAUUAUUGAAAUGGAUGACACGCUGGAUGGUGAUGACUU